AUGAGCCUGUUGGUCAAAUCCGGCUUCCGCAAUUAUUGUAUUAAACAACCGAGUGCUGCAGCAAGCCAGCUGCUGCUGUCGACAUUGCUCACAAGCAAGCCCGAGCAAUGUCGGCUAAUCGAGCGCCUACGGGUGCUGCCGAAAAUACGGAUGAGCUCGAAACCGCCGGAUAAGGAAGCCGCUGUACUGAUACCGUUGUGCCGGGUGAACGAUCAGAUCAGCCUGCUGUACACGGUCCGGUCGGUCAAACUUAGCCAGCACCGUGGGCAGGUGUCCUUUCCGGGCGGCAUCAAAGACCCGUCGGACAGCAGCUACGAAGCGUGCGCGGUACGCGAAACCGAGGAAGAAAUAGGCAUCCGGCGGGACCGCAUCGAAGUGUGGGGCUGUGGAAACGUACUGAUACCUAAUUUUGGACCCGCCAUCACACCGGUCGUGGGUAUGCUCACCGACGGGUACGACCCUCGCGCGGUGGUACUCAAUCCGGACGAAGUGCAGAAAGUAUUCACCGUUCCGAUCGAGACUUUCCUGCGGGAUGGUAACCGGAGGCACACGCAAUUCCGGGCUGGCUACACGGUGCCACUGUUUCUCGGUGGUGAGGAAGUUGUGUGGGGUAUGACGGCAGUUCUGACGCAUCUUUUCCUAUCGGCACUUUUGCCGAAGGAGCUGUAUCCGAGGAAAGUUCCUUUCCUGAAACAGUACAGCUGCAGCUGAUAACAGAUUAAGGUUAAGUGUGUUAGAUUAGUGUGAUAGAUACAACAGGUGUUAAUAAUACAAAACAACAAACACAGGUUUUUCGUGUCGAAAAAAACAUUUAUUUUUCUUUAUUACUGUCCUCCAAUUACAGCAUGUAUAAAACAAGUUGUAGUAAAUAAAUUACAACAAAAAAGAAAAAGUAAUAACUCUGAUCAGUUUUUACCAGCGAAUAAAGUUUUGUUUUGUUUCCGUUAAGAAAGCUUGUUGAUGCAUGGGUUUCGUUUCGUUUGUUUACUCUGUUCCACCAUCAUUCAAUCAAUCAAUAUAGGUUUAUCCAUCCUUUUUAAG